AUGGCAAAUCGCUCCGAGUACAGCUAUCCGAUCACCAACAUCACUUACCACCUGCCAGAGUCUCCACAUCCAGAGAGAGGCGAGGCCGCAGCUCAGAAGGCCUUCCGGCGCAUUCUGGACAGCUACGGCGAGAACGAGCGGCUGGCGGAUACCUUCCAGGUCGAGCUCGACAAGCGGGAGCAGAUCGCGAAUGAGCGCAAGGCUGAGGAGCGGAGGGUUCGGUCAGAGCGUCAGCGCGUGGCGCAAGAGGAGAAGCGGAGCAAGAAGCUUGGCAAGAAUCACAAGGCAGUAACCAGAGCAGCGUCGAGCACACCGACGACGGCGACAACUACACCUCCACCGGGUGGUCUACCAACAGCAGCAGUAACGAGUAAUCUGUCUGUGCAAGCCUUAGCGCAGGCAUUCCAGCCGCGGCAUGGGCGGUUUGCUGCUGCGGGAUAUUCGCUUGUGGGUCUAGAGCGCAGGUCGUCAAUUGACCAUGUCAUGGCAGCAAGCAGAAGCGGCGGACGGUCUCGGCAAAGUUCCGUCGGCAGUCUCUACAGCAGCCGUACGAACACGACGAAUGCGACAAGUUCUCACGAGGGCACAGGGGCAAGUGGGGCGCAGAUGGUGGAUUCAAGAUUGAGUUUGUCGGCAUCCGAUCAUCCUCACCCUCCCCAUUCCCCGCCUCUUCUUGAUGCCCAUGGUCAUCAUUCUUCCCACUCUUCCCAUCCCGCUGAUAGAUCUCUUUCCUCCUCUCCCAUCCUUCCCUUGACUCCCUCGCCCCGCCUCAACCCCUCCUCCGAUACCGCUUUCGGCGUAGUCGGUCCCCUCCCCUCGACUCUUGCCGCCACCACCACUACCACCGUUUUCCCAACGUCAUCGACUAUGACCUCGUCCUCGUCUUAUUCUUUCACUUCCCCUUGCACAAACAACAACAGCAAUAACCACACAUCCUUGCCGACACCACCUCAACAACAACAACACUCUGAAUUAUCGACGCUGCCAAUGCGCAACAAACGCAAACAGGCCAUUCCUGUCCACCCCUCCGUCAUCAAACGGAUUCCCGGUAUCACCUUCAGAAUCCAGCCCGACUUGGAUAAGCAUCUACAGGUCGAGAUCCUCAAGAACAUCGAUGAUUACCAGUCAACUACGACUAAGGAUGUGUCUCUCGGAAAGGAUCAUAGUACCGAUGUGGGCAUAAGCAUGGACCAGCAGCAAGAGGACGACGCUUCUCAGCUGCAGGCAAAUCAGGAUCUGACCAAGGUCCGGCAGUCGAUCAAAUCCAGCCGACCUGGUUAUGCCUCCCUCUACAUUCCAGACGAAUCUGCUUCUUACGACGAUCCAUACCUCCAGGAUUAUCAGGAAUCUUCGCCCCACACAGUCGCUCUUCACGCUGCACCUAACAAUAACAACAUCAACGCCGCACGAUACCAUCCCUAUCAGCAUCACAAUCGGAAUGGAAGCCUUGGCAGUGGACACAAUGUCAGCUUCCACACCCCAACCAAACUGCGAAGCCGGUCCAGUUCGUCCGCCAAUAUCUGGGCACCCUAUGCACCCUCGGCCGCAGGACUGGCCAUGCUGCUUUCGGACGUUGUCGCUGCCAGGGCAACGCUACCUCUUUCUUGGGACAACUUUUCAACUCGGGACUGUCAAAUGAACAAGGUUGUUGGAAAGAACGGUCAGGACUUUGAGCAGCUGGAGGCGGUGGUCCAGGAGACGGUCGCCCGCCACCAAGCAGUUGCAGCUGCGGCCCAGCAGGAGGCCGAUGAGGAGAUCCAGUCGGAUGGCGAGGCUGAUGAAGUGGCGCACAGGCCAAAGCAAAAGUCCUCGACUGCUGCUGUGGCAAAGGAGUCUUCAGGACCAAGUGGUGACGCCCCCAAGAAGAGAAGGAGCGUGCCAGUCACCACACCUCCUCCCCGUGCUACUGCUACUCCUCCAUCACGAGCAUCAGCACAGCGAGCUACAGGAUCCCGGGCAACACGGAGCCGGACUACUCAUCAGACGGAGGGAGGACGACCAUCUCGAGCUGGAGCAACUGAUCUGGUCGAGGGCUAUGACGACAUUGAGCGAAUCCUCAAGGAGAAGCGACAGAAGAAGCGCGAGCAGCAGAGGCGUCGUGAUAGCCAGAGUCGAGGAGUUUCUGAGGCUACCACCGAGGGAGACUACGACUUGGAUAUUGACAUGGAGCAACCCAGAAUCAAGGAGGAUGUUGACAUGGACGAUCGAUCAGCCUUGCUUCGAGGAUACACCGAUAGUGAGACCGAAGGCAGCAAUAGCAAGACUUCCUCCAAGCGGGGUGCAGCCAAACCACCUUCUCCUCCACACUCUCGACAGGUGACGCCCGCCGCCAAGGCCGACCUCGGUUCGUCUUCGCUUCACCACCAUGCGCACCUGGGAACGAGCUUGUCUAGGACCCCUCCAGCGACACCCACCAGAGCCUCGACACGCAAUCCUCAGCACACCGAUCCCACUCACCAGGAUACAGGAACAGAAUCGCCAGUUACUACUCCCGUCAGCAAGACUCGCGCGCGGGCUAGAUCGUUCUCGACCACCAUCCCGACCGACGCCAAGACCAACUUUUUCGAGUCUGCGCUGGAGAUGAUUGAAGCCAAGCGUCGGCAGUCGAUCGCCAAGAAGAAAGCCUCUGCCGUCGUUAAUUCGGUCACUAACACCGACAGCCAGCAGGAUCAUCAGCAGACACAGCUGGUGGAUGAACAGCAACAGCAAGCGAAUCGGCAAUCGAAACAGGAGCUUGCGAAUGAAACUUCGAAAAAGAUGAUGGCGCCCAACAGCAACAUUCCAAAGUCGUCCAAGCUAUUGUCUGGCCGAACCCUCCGCAAGCCCCGAGUCAGGAACUAUGAUGGCUCGGAUGUUGAUACUGAUCAUCAGGAUGGAGGCUCGACCUCUGCUUCUGCAGCGGCUGGUACCAGCGCCGAAGUCAUGUAUGAUCAGGAUUGCUCGUCUUGCCGCCUUGAUGUCACGGAUAUGGACCAAGAACUCUGGAAGCAGGCGCGUCAGAGCGGCGAGAUUAAUUUGAACCCCAAGACGUGGGGUCGCACCGCGAUUCUUUGCUCUUCUUGCCGAACACAGUACCGCCGUCAUGGACUCCGUUGCACUCAAUGCUUCUACGUCCCUGUCUGGAACCCUGAGCCUAUUACCCCUGCUCCUGCUACAGAUGAGGCUUCUUCCUCUUCUGCUCCUGCCCCUGCUCCUGUGGUUCCUGCUGUCGGUAGCUUGUCUGUCAUGCCCAAGCCCGGUGGAACUUGCAAGCGAUGCAAGGCUGGCACUUGGUUCCAGGAAGUCUGA